CAGUUUAGGAACUGCUCAGUAGCUUUCUUAAAACUUUGUAUCAAUGAGACUGAUCAGCCUACAUAACAAUAAAUUGCUAACCACUCUUAUCUCUCUUUUCCCGUCGAUGGAAAGCUAGUUAGUUACCAACUCCACCUUUUUGUUCCGUUCCCUCCACUUGGGGGCGGAGGCGGGGGGUGGCCCCUGCCCCUGCAAUUUCUUUUUUCCCAACCUCCCUCCUUGGAUAAUUUUAAAUUUUGACCUUAAGAUUAAUAAAUUUUAAUGUUUAGGUCCUCUUAGAAUACUUUUUCUAGUUUGACCCUUUCAAACCUAAUAUUCCGGCUCCGCCCUGCCUCCACUAUCUCUCAAGGCUAUGCAUAACGUUCCUUCUAUAAAUAACCUAAGAACAUCCAAAGUUCAUAGCAGCUUUUGAACUCCCCCUUCAUACUUCUUAGCAUUCCUGUGUAGAAGUCUUGGUCUUGAAAGUGAUUCUAAAACAAAACAAAAAAUUUGAAGCAGUAAUGCCUCAGCUCAUUAGCGUUGUCUUGGUUCUUGGUCUUGCUUUCCUUGCCUUUUCUCCGAUUUGUUUUUGUGGCAAGACAGCUGGUGGCUACCUCUAUCCACAGUUUUACGAUAGGUCAUGCCCAAAAGCUCGAGAAAUAGUCAACUCCAUUGUAGCCAAGGCAGUUGCUAAAGAAGCUCGUAUGGCAGCCUCAUUACUUAGGCUCCAUUUUCAUGACUGCUUUGUCAAGGGCUGUGACGCAUCAAUAUUGCUAGACAGCACCGGAAGCAUAAUAAGUGAGAAGGGGUCAAAUCCGAAUAGAAACUCCGCUCGAGGAUUUGAAGUAAUUGACGAGAUUAAAUCUGCACUAGAGAAGGAGUGUCCUAAAACAGUUUCCUGUGCUGAUAUCAUGGCUUUGUCUGCAAGAGACUCUACCGUUCUUACUGGCGGUCCUAGCUGGGAAGUUCCAUUGGGAAGAAGGGACUCUAGAAGUGCAAGCUUGAGUGGUUCGAAUAACAAUAUUCCUGCUCCAAACAACACAUUUCAAACAAUUCUUACCAAGUUCAAGUUACAAGGCCUUAAUGUUGUUGAUCUUGUUGCGCUAUCUGGGAGCCACACAAUUGGAAAUGCUCGGUGCACCAGCUUCAGGCAGAGGCUGUACAACCAGUCAGGAAAUGGGAAGCCUGACUACUCUCUUCAACAAUCGCUUGCUGCCCAAUUGCGCAACCGGUGCCCCAGAUCAGGAGGUGACCAGAACCUGUUUUUCUUGGACUUCGCAAGUCCAAAAAAGUUCGACAACAGUUACUUCAAGAACAUAUUGGCUUCAAAAGGACUGUUGAACUCUGACCAAGUUCUCCUGACAAAGAAUGAAGCAUCAAUGGAAUUGGUCAAGAAAUAUGCUGAGAGCAAUGAGCUUUUCUUUGAGCAAUUUUCCAAGUCCAUGGUUAAGAUGGGAAACAUCUCUCCAUUGACAGGUUCCAGGGGAGAGAUUAGAAAGAGUUGCAGGAAGAUUAAUUCUUGAAUUGCGGUACCUAGUUAGAUCUAUGCUUUAAAUAAUUGGUGCUAAAAUGCUUUGUGGCUAAUUGGUGCUAAAAUGCUUUAUGGUCGUCUUUCUUGAGGUUCUUUCACGUAUAAAUUUUAUGCCAGCUAUAAUUCAAAAAACAUAUUGACAUUGCAAGGUGCA